GAUUUUAACGAACACUUCUAUUACUAUUAUCAAGUCAACUGUCAAUAUGGCUUGUGUCAAUGUCCAUAUUUCAGAACGCUUGAAUCAAAAAGAACUUACUUUUAAUGCUAAUUGCAUAGAAUAUUAGUGCCCAAUUGCCUCAAUCUAGCUGAAUAGAGAUUCAGGCUGAACCUUAUUUAUGAUUUCUAACAUCAUACCAGUCAAAUUCUCUCUAGCAGAACGUUAUUCUGCAUGUGAUUAUGCAAGUUUUUUGAUACUUUUUUUUGUAUUGUUUUCAGUGAGUUAUGGUUUCUCCGGAAGAUUCAGAAAUGAGUUCCGAAACCAGCGACGAUGAAUACAACCCUACACCUGCUCGAGAACAUCGUACAGCUCGAAAAUCAGUGUCUCAACCAACACAACCCUACUCCACCAGAAGACAGGCAGCCAGAAAUGCAUCGAAGGCCCUGCGAGCUACAUCAGACCAUUUUAUGGCAAAUUUCAAUCCUGAGACAAGUGUGAGAGAAAAAAGAAAACUCAGUAGGAAGAUUCACCCCCCUAGCAACGUGAGGAGACCUGCGGGAGCAAUAUACGAUGAAAACGGUGUCCAUAUCAGUUCUGGAGUCGACCUUUGUGACUGUCUGAAUGAGGAUUGUGUGGGAUGCUUUUUUGAAUGUCCCAAGUGCGAAUCAAUGAAGUGUUCAACUGAUUGUAGGGUACAUAGAAAAUAUAUGGUGGAGCAAAUUGAGUAUCACGGGUAUGAUCACGUUAUCAAGAAUCCUUUAUACAAACAUUAAAUUUGUUCAAUAAUUAUUUGUAUUUCUUUAAAUAACUAGCAAAUAAACAAAUUUUCAACUAUCUUGAUAAAAUAGAACUGAAACUAAACCAAUUCUAUAAAUGUAGAGGGUAGGUUGUCUAAUCUUAAGGUUAUACCUACUACCACUAAGUAUUAUUUUCCAAGUAUCAGAGAUACAGCUGUCAUCAAAGGUGAUCUAGAAAUUGUUUGUUCUGAAAUAUAAAUCCAAUUAUCACAUUUCUUAUGUAGCCAAAAUUGCCCUAGAUAAUGAUGACGUUCUUGUGUACAUUGUAUUAUUUUCAUUAUUCAUGAUAAUAAUAAAUCAAAAACUCCCUUUUUUUCAAUUAGUAAUCUCUAUUAAUUGAGGUGAAUAAUUUAUAUGAAUGACAUCGUAAAGUAGAGUAGAGUACUAGUCCAACUGAGGAAACCACUAUGUAGUGAAGCGUGUAUUGGAAAUAAAGUGUAUAUUGU